AGGCUGGGAGUUCGGUCAGCGCGACGGGACGAGGCACGAGAAGAGCCGGAGGCAGACGAGCUCCUGUUAACUUGUGUCUUCCGCGCGGCGGAGAGAAAACAAAGCGUUAGUUUGCGCCCGGAGGUCACAGAUCGCGACCCGCCGGAUGACAAAAGAAGCGUCCCCGUGCGAACUUUCCAACAAAAAAAAAAAAAACCCGGGCUUCGACCGCUCGUGAGAUCCCCAACCGGGGAUCCGUUUUGUUUCCCGGUGUAACGGAGGCGUGAGGAAGCAGAGGACACGAUGCCGCGGCGCACCGCGCAAGAAGUCCUGGUGCAAGACGUCCAGAAACGGAGAAAUCCCAACAAACACUACGUUUACAUCAUCAAAGUCUCCUGGAGCGAUGGAAGUACGGAGAUCAUUUACAGGCGCUACAGCAAGUUCUUUGACCUGCAGAUGGAAUUGCUGGACAAAUUCCCCGUGGAAGGAGGCCAGAAGGACCCUAAGCGUAGGAUCAUUCCUUUCCUACCAGGGAAGAUCUUGUUUAGGAGGAGCCAUAUCAGAGAUGUGGCCAUGAAAAGGCUGAGGCCCAUCAACGAGUACUGCAGGGCCCUCAUUCAGCUGCCAGUCUACAUUUCCCAGUGUGAGGAAGUCCGAGUGUUUUUUGAGACCAGACCUGAUGACCUCAACCCACCCAAGGAGGAGCCUAUCGGAAAGAAGAAACCAGGGGUUGUGGAGAGAGCGACUACUUUCCUAAAGCGAGGAGACUCCACCUCAGCAGACCCGCUCUUCCUCGACCAGUAUGUGGCAGUGACCGACUACGAGAAGGCGGAGAGCUCCGAGGUCAGCCUGCACGUGGGUCAGGUGGUGGAGGUCAUUGAGAAAAAUGAAUCUGGGUGGUGGUUUAUUAGCUCAGACGAUGCCCAGGGCUGGGUCCCGGCCACCUGCCUGGAGGCUCAGGAUGACCCUGAUGACUUCUCCAUUCCAGGGGAAGAAGUGCCGCGCAGAUUCUGGUCACUGCCGAGGCACUUUGGUCGUCGAAGAACUUUAGGGGAUCUGUUCAGCACAGGCUUUGGGCAAGAAGAGAAGUAUUCAGUGAUUUACCCGUACGCGGCCAGGGACCCCGAUGAGAUCGACAUUGAGCGAGGCAUGGUGGUAGAGGUGAUUCAGAAGAACCUGGAGGGCUGGUGGAAGAUCAGGUACCAGGGCUGCGAGGGCUGGGCUCCGGCCUCCUACCUGAAGAAGACCGACAUCCAGGGCCAGAAGCCGCUAGCAGGCGCUGCUGCUCACGCCAGUGCCAAUGACCUCGACGGGUUCUCUAAACAGAACCAGCAGAACAACGCGGCCAAGGAGAACCGAGAAAACAGCCAAAAAGAAAACAGGCUCUCGUUUUUCUCUGAAAAAAAAGUGGGAGCAAGACACCGACCUCCUCCUCGCAGAGACCUUACGAUUCCACGCGGUACAAACUUACCCAAGCCGCCGAUUCCUCCUCAAGUCGAGGAGGAGUUCUACACAAUAGCAGACUUCCAGACCACCAUCCCCGAUGGAAUAAGCUUCCAAGCCGGACUCAAAGUGGAGGUGGUUGAGAAGAAUAAUGGCGGGUGGUGGUACAUCCAGAUAGAUGACAAAGAGGGCUGGGCCCCUGCCACCUUCAUUGACAAGUACAAGAAGACCAGCAAUGCCCUGCGACCCAAUUUCCUGGCCCCUUUGCCCGACGAGAUGGAGAAGCUGAGACUGGAAGAUGGCGGACCUUCAAAUCCUUCCGUGACCGACGACAGCUGGUCCAAACCUUUACCAGAUGAGCCAAUCGCAGCCCUCGACUCCUGUGCCCGGCCUAAGCUGAGAGAUUGGAAGUCCAGCGCCAACAAGGGGCCUCCCUCCAUCCCUGGGCCUCUACCUCCUGCUCCAGCAGCCCCCCCAGGCGAGGAGAAACCCGCUCUUCCGCCUCGAAGGGAGUCCAUUAAUAAGGGCUUCGAGUUGGACGUAUCUGAGAAACCAAGAGCUGAUCAUUCCAAACCUUUGCCUCCUAAGCCCCCCGCUCCCGGGGUCAUCGUGCCGCUGGUUCCACCCAAAGCGGCCCCCUUCAAACAGGACAAACCACCGGAGGCCAAGAAAGAAGAUAAGAGCAAAGCCCUUCUCCUUCGCAAUGAGAUGGGUCUGGAGUGUGGCCACAAGAUCUCCGCCAAAGAGGUGAAAAAGUUCAGUCUGAAACCCGUACCGCCGAGACCAAAAUCCGAAGCGCAGGAGGAGAAACCAGAGGCAGCCGGCCCGGCGGUGUUUACGAAGCCGAAGCCGGUGGUCCGACCCAAACCGCUUCCGGCCACCAAGCCGGAUCCUCCGGCCGAGAACAAACUGGACAUCACCAACCUCAGGAGCAAGCUGAGGCCGGCGAAACCCGCGGAUCCCAGCUGCGCGUCCGCAGAGGUCAGCCAUCAGAAUGGCACCUCGGCGGCAGCGACGAGCCCCCACCCCAGCGCCCCCCCGUGCGCCCCCCCCUUCCACAUCCCCGCUCUCAACAACGGCAGGCACUGCGACGAGCCAAAACUACCCCCGAAACCCGUCAACGGUCACAGCCGCGAGAGCUCACCGCCCGCUUCUGCCAAACCAGCGGUGCCUCCGCACAAAGAACCCCCGCAGAGGCCCCCCAGCAUGGUUCCAAGGAGACCGCCUCCUCCGAAGAAGACCGACCCAUCGAGCCCGACCGAGUUUAAACCUCAAGUCGCCCUGAAAGAUAUCCUGGAUGUGUCCAAGGGUCCGCCGAGCCAACUCAGCAGACCGCCUCCCCCUAAACCCAAAGGGUUUGUUGCCAACAGAGAAAGAGAAGAGCCCAAGACGAAUAAAGUGCCGCUUCCUCCCAAGCCGCAGCUGAAGGGUGAGAAGCCGGGCCCGCCCAAGGACAAGCUUCCGCCGCUGCUCCUGGAGCGCAGCAAGGACGAUCUGUAUUUGGCCGUGGCGGAUUUCGACGGGGACGACCAGUCGUCCAGCUUCAAGGUGGGCACGGUGUUCGAGGUGCUGGAGAAAAACAGCAGCGGCUGGUGGUUCUGUAAGAACGUAGGACUAGAAGUUGAGAGCUGGAUCCCCUCAAAUUACCUGAACAAGAGAGCUUAGGCAGAAUGUGCUCCCCAGAUUGUGGCCCUACGAACGAAAUGAGCAAACUUAUGUUUUAAAUGAACAAAAUAUCACUGCUUUGUAGCUAAUUAGCAUUUCUUUAAGGGUACCUUUCGUUUAAAGCGACACGUUUUUUGUUAUGUUGCAUUUUGAUAAGAAUAUUCGACCUAAACCGAACCAGCAAUACCACAAGACCUUGUUUACCUUUUUCUAUGUUUUCUUUUAUAUCUCAAAUAAACAUAAAAAGUGCUUUCCUUUCGUUGCCAUAUGCCGCAGCUUGUGUCCGUCUUGCAAUAAGUGCGUCUCCGCCUAUGCCUUCUAUUAUACCGUGCCUCUAUAUUAUACGCUAAGUGCUAACGUGCUCUAUAUGCAACAGUAGAUGUAGCCAUUGUUGGAAUCAACACUAAAAUCCUGCGGGAGACAAAGACUGCACAUGUGGAGUUCACAGACCACAUCUGGGCUUAAGAGCUAUUAGCAAUCACCAGGGUCUGUCUGUGCCAAGUAAAAGUGUUUUGUUAAGCGAGAGACAUGCAUAUCAGUUUCAGUGCUAUUGUGAUGCUUUUCUUUGACUGCGUAAUUAAUGCUGUGCUCCUUUUUUACCGUAGUUUCAGUUGAGAAGGUUUGCACAUGUGGAAGGGGAAGAAUGCUACAGUGCAUUUUAUUCCUUAAAUGUUUAAUAUUCGCUGUACAAAUGAUCCACGAUGAGGCUUGAACAGCCGAGCAGACAAGUUGAAAACAAGCGCUCUGGAUUCAGUAUUUGAACGCUAUCAUGUUAAAAUCGCACCCAAACAGUGAUACGUUUAAAGUGUGAGCUGCAGAGCACUUCUGCAUAUCGGUACCAAAUGUCUAGAAAAAGUAAAAGGUUGAUGAUAUUCAGUGAUUUGUGCAAUCACGUACAGUGUUGCACGUGUACAGUUUGUUCUUCGCCAAAGUUUGGUGCUCAAAUAACAUCAAAGUAUGAACAUUGUAAAAAAAAAAAAAACUAAUAUUUUGCAUCAUGCUUGACUGGUCUCAAGUAUAGCAAAUGAUUUUUUUUUUAUUGUACAGAAAUGAAAAGGCAUAUCUUAGCUGUUGUCACUUUUUCUUUGAUGGGCCAUCAGGUGUUUUACACUGUACUGAUUUGGGGGAUUAGAGGAAGGAAGAGCAACAAUUAACUGGGUUGGUUAACAGGAUUUGCUAAUUGGAGUUAAUACAGGAGGUUUGGGUUGUUUCUUUUUGUCGAGAUGAAAGAAAUGUGCAACCAUGGCUCUUAACAACCAGACAAGACUACAAGCUGUUACACUGCUUCUAGUUGCUUUAUUAUAAUCCCAUUUUCCACCCAGGUUAACAAUUAAAGAAUCAUCUGUAUUGUUGAGGAUUAUUUUACGAGGUCAAACGCAGGAUGGUUCAGUACAGUGUAAGGCAAAUAUAUUAUGGCGUCAUUUCAGUAUUGUAGUCUUAUUUACUUUUUUAUUCUGUAUUUUUCAUUGCAUAGAAGCUCAUUUUCCUUAAAUCAAUAAACAUUUCUGAUUUCUCAGGACGCCUGUC